ACUUUAGUAAUAGCCUAUUUGAUUGCUGUAGUUGUAAGAGUUUAAGUUAAAGUUUAGCCAUGAACGCGCGUUCGCAACUAUUUGAGUUAACGAUGGAGGGCAGACAGGUGGACGAGGCAGUCGCGAGUAUCUUCCAUACAGUGCUCUUCCAUCGCUGCUUGGGGAAAUAUAUGUACACAGGAGAUGCUCAAUAUUCGAUUGGCACUGUCGGUUACACAGACGUCGACUGUGAUUUUAUGGACCUGACCUACGUAUGUUGCACCUCCGAUAGUCUGUCCAAGAAAGUGAAGCGUGCUAUUAAUUUGUUUAGCGAAAAGCUGCGAUCAAAUGAAAGCUGUGGGUCGGGACAAAUUAGUCUGGAGUUCUUUCAGAAAAAGAAAACACGCUGGCCGUUCCAGCAAGAGUCCAUACCCUGGGAGGUGUGGACAGUGCAUUUGGAUUUAAUCAAACAUGAAAAUGAAGAUGAUCGUCAGCUUUGUCGAGAGAACGUGUCCGAUUUACUUACCGAGAAAAUUAUAUAUAUAACGGAGCUAAUGAACCGCUAUGACUAUGUGCCCAAAACUCCUAGUCAAAGCGAGCUCGACUUAAUUUUUGAUACUUCAUUCCCCGAUGUACAACCUUAUUUAUUUAAAUUUGAUUACUCUACCUCUGGCUCCACGGCGCCAUCCAUGGGUAACGCAAUGAAAAAGAUUAUUAAAGAGACGCUUGCAAUGUGACGGGAUAUGUUCAUAAUGCUGACAAUAAUAAUCUUUGCCCAACCCCAUUACCUGGCGCUAGCGAUACUCAAUUCCGUCUCUUCAUACACUGCAAUAUCAACUUUCACACUUCCUUAAACAUAUUCCGACUGAAUAUAUAUCAAAUAUUACACGUACAGAAGUGUGAUUUACGUUUUCCAAAAUAAACUAAUUACUCUCAGUUCUCAUUUUGAAUAAGAUCUCUCUCAUAUUGUAUUAGAUAAAAACACUCGCACUUUGAGAGAAUUCCAACUAAAAUGCACAUAAGCCAAAGAUAAUAGUAAUCUUUGUUUUAAAAAAAACACGCGAUGCUGAUGUUGGAAUUUAUAUAUCUAGAAGAUAACAAGCUUUUUGUGGAACAUGAAAAUAUGAAAAACAAAAUAUAAAUAUGUAAAUGUCUUCGUGUUCACGUCACAUCAUAAAGAACAAAAGUCAAAUUCAAUUAAGUUGUCGUCUUAACCCACCAAUAGUACAUUAGUUUAUAAAUUUUCAAGUAAACGUCUUCGAUUGGCAGCUGUGAGAAACUGGGUAGAAACAAUAUCAAUGAAUUUGAUUAAAGCUACAGCUUAAGUUAGUUUGCUCUUUAUUUUAUGUAAAUAUUAUAUAAAUCAUUUACACUAAGUUUAUAUGAAAAUGUCUCAUUUUUAUUGUAAUCAUUGAGCAGAAACAGAGACAUUAAAAUUUGCCGGUAAAGCUAAAAUUAUAAUUAAGAGCUUGUUCGUUAUAUAGUA